CACGAGACUGAGAGCGAGAGACAGAGAGAGCUGGUCAAAGUAACGACAUAAACAAGCAGGCAUGACUCAAAACAGCUAAUUGACUUUCCAGGCAGAAUCCAUUGUGUUGCUGGAUACAGCAGGACGUCUAGACAGACAUCAGGAUGCUGUCAAAGAAAGAAGAGAAGAGGUCGUUCGGUAACGGGCGGCUGAGAGACCAGUGGGAGAAGCGGGUGCAGAGCGUCGCCGACCAGUGCAAACAGGAGGAAGAAUGGAAGGAGAAGAGCUCUCUGAAAUUACUUUUCUCCAAGUGGAGCUAUCACUUGGACUUGGUUGCAAAUGGAGACAAGUCAAAUAGCGAAAUGUCUGACUUCCGAAAGGUCACCACUUCAGAGGACGCAGAGAAAAGCAAACCUAAAAUCAAAUUCAAAAUUGUCCCACCUCCUCCACCAAAACCCAAAAAUGAGCCUCCACCGAAGCCUCCCCCCAAGAGGGAACCGUCGCCGAAACUGCAGAGGAAAAGACGCAAAGUGGAGGUGGACGUGUUCAAGCUCUGCUGGAGAGAUUCCUGGAUGAGCCUGAAGCCUCCCAAGUAUCUAUUUUUAAAAGCCAAAGAGUUGAAAUCCAGAAUGGCUGGGUUUACUGCCAUAGAGCUGACCAACAACAGCAAGUAUAAACCUCAAGGAUGCAAUUCAGAGGCUGAAUGGACGGGGAAUGACUGUUGGAGAAGCUCUUGGAAACAGGUCUAUGUUCCACAACAGCCCACAUGUUUGGACAGGCAGCACUUUGAAUGGGAGGUUUUAUAUGACAGAAAGGCAUUUUGCAAAAUUCAAGUUGAAGAAUACCAACUUCCCGUCUGGGCUGGAACUUGGAAGAUCAUGAACUUCCCCUUCAGGCAGCAGAAGAAGGACUGGGAUCGUGUUUGGCCGGAUUGUCCACAAAACCCUAGCGACAAGUUUGAGAAAGUCCAGCGACUGAUGGAUGAGGACGAGGAGUGGGAGGAAUGGGACGUCUGGGAGGGCUGGGACGAUUCAUGGAAGCUUUUCAAAGUGGACUUUGAAGACACAGAGGACAACUACACAGAUUCUCAGACUGACAAAGAGACGGUGUGCAUCAAUGACGUAUUCCAUCCAGGAUGGAGUGAAGCCUGGCAGAUCUCUGCUGCCCCCCUGGAGGAAGCUGAGGAGAGGAGGAAGAGCUGGACGUCUUGCUGGGGCUACAGCCAGCAGAUACGGUGGCAGUCACCUUCACUGGAGUCUCACCAUCGCCAUAGCAACAUGCUAACAAAGAGGCGAGAAACCAAAAACCUGCUCCUCACAUGGGAACUGGAGGAGGUGGUAGACACGUCAGAGUGGGAGGAGUCAUGGAAGACUCUGAAAGGAUGGAUUCAACCCGAGGAAGAGCACCUGGAUGAGAGUGGGGAAGAGGAGGAGACAGAUGAGCUUCUGAGUAAUGUGGGAGAGGAAGAUGAAGGAGUAGACAAUGAAGAGGUAGAUGAGGGAUUAGAUGAGGAUGUAGAAGAGGAGGAUGAAAAGGAGGAGGAGGAUCAUAUGAGGAAAUUGAUUGUAAAGGAUGAUGCGAUGAAAAAGGAGGAAGAGGAUGAAGGAGUUGAGGAGGAAGGAAGUGCUGGUAGUGGGGAUGAUGAUGAGGAACAAGCAGAUGAUGACGAAAGUACUAAUAGUGCGGGUGAAGGAGUGAAAGAAGCAGGAGAGGAGGAUGAGGGAGAAGAAGGCAGCGGUGAGGACACUGAAGAAGAGGAAUGGAACUGUCAAACGGAGCAGAUGAAGGAAACUCUCUCAACAGAAGAGGGUGAAUUUCUUGUUGGUCAAGAAAAUAAGAAUGAAGCGGAAGAAGGUGAAGAGGAAGAUGAUGAGGAAGAUGAAGAAAGCGAUGAGGAAGCAGAGGAGGAGGCUGAUGAGGAACAUAGAGGUGAUCUAGUUAUAGCUAAAGCAGAGCAGAGUCAAGAGGAGCAGCAGGAAGAGAGCGAAGGGAAUGAAGAGGAGGAGGAGGUUGAGGAGGAGGACAGCGAGGAGAAAGAAAUAGAGAACACAUUAACCAAAGGUGUGAGUGAGGAAGAAGAGGAGAAGCAUCUGGAGAUGGAUGAAGAGGACGAAACAAAUGAGGAGGAAAAGCAGAAAGAAGAAGAGGAGGAAAAAGUCAAGGACACGGAAGGGGAAGAGGAUACUGAAGAUGAAUGGGAAGAGGCAACAGAUGUACCAAUGUGGGAACUAGAGAAAAUGGAAGAGAGAAGGAAGAAGAAAGAAAAUAUGGAGGAAGAGGAGGAGGAGGAAGAGAAAGAAAAUAUGCAGGAAGAAGAAGAGGAAGAGGAAGAGAAUAAUAAACAUAACUCAAGUGAAAAAACAGAAAUGUGUGGGGAUGAAGAUGAAGAUGAAACUUUGAGAAAACAGUGGAAGAAUGAUCAGUUAGGGGAGGAGACUCUGACAGAUGUGGGAGAUGUAAAUGAGGAGGAAGAUGAAGUAGAGGAAGAUGUGUGGAAUAAAGUAGACAGUGGGGAAAAACAGAAAAAUGUGAUGGAUAAUCAUGAAGGUGCAGAAGAUGAGAACGGAGGUGAAGACGAGGAAGAUAAUGAGGAAGAGGAGAAUGAUGAUGAUGAUGAGGAGGAGAGUGAAGAAGAGGACAAAGAGUCUCACUCUGAGCAAAAGGUCGACAAAGAGAAUGAAGUGGCAAAAGUAGGAAGUGAAGAUGAAAAUGAAGAAGCAAAUGAGGAACGUGAAGAUGAUGAAAGCAAACCAACAGGAGAAGAUCAUGAUCCAGAGCUUGAGGAAAGUGAUCAUGAACAGGAAGAAGCAGAUGAGGAGAAAGAGGAAACGCUGGAGGAGGAGAAGGAGAAGCAGAAUGAGGAGGAAGAGGAGGUAACAGAGGAGGAGGGGGAGGAGACCCUUGGAACUAACAGUAGAGCAGAAGAAGUUCAGAAAGAGGAGCAAGUAGUGGUGAACUCUGUGGAAGUAGAGUCACCAGGAAAGCUGGAACUUGAUGUGGAUCAGGAAAAGGCAAAAAAUAAAUCGACAAGAGCAAAAAAGAAGAAGCUGGAUGCUCCGUUUCACCUGCAGUUCCACAAGCUCCACACCUCCUUCUCCACAUGGAAGCAGUCGUGGAUGGUGACAGUUCCUCACAGAGUGGGGGAUGUGGCUGAGGAAGAGGAGGAUGAGGAGGAUGAGAUUGGAGAGGAGUGGCGAGGGUGGAAAGACUCCUGGAGAAUAUGUCGGCGGCGGAAAACCGAAGAGGAUGAGGUGGUCUGCUUCUCCACUGAGCACCGAAGUCAAAGACGAGUGAUGAUGGAGGGAGACGACAGGUGGAGGAAGGAGUGGAGGAACAGCUGGAAGAUAAGUGCAGCUGCAGAGACAGGACAGGACACUUGUGAAGAAGAGUGAUGGCUGCAUUUCCAUCUGUUCGUGUUCUCAAUGAGAUGAAGAAUGACGCUUUCAAUGGCGAGCGGAGCAGUGAGAAGGUUUGAACCUGGACUCAAAAAUGUGUGGAAGUGCUGCCCACCUUGAGACUUGAUGUGCACCAUGAAGUCAACUCGGGAUCUUAACUUACCAUCCUGAAAAUGGAUUUUUAACACGCUAUCUUGUCUUCCAUUUAGUAACCCUCCCUGGUGUGACAUGUUGUGUGACAAGUUCACUUCAAUGCCUGUUUUGUGGAAGCACUUUAUGAUCUUAAUGGUGCUGGAUGAUAGCAAUAAAGUUGCGAUCAAAACUGUCUAUUUUGGCACAUUAAACAAUCAAAGUUUGACUAUUGAUAAUUCUGAGCAACUCGCUGCACAUUGAUGUUCUUUAUGUUUCAUAAAUGCAAAAGACAUGAGUCUUAACAGUGUUUCCGAACAGUUGUGUGUGUGUUUGUGUGUUUGUCAUUGCAUUGUUUUUAUAAUGGAUCAUAUGGCCGUAAAACCCUUUCUCUUAUAGAACUUCA